AUUCGGUGUUUGACCUUUUAUAAGGGGGGCGUGUGAUAUUCUCUCAUGUGCUUACUAUACAGUUCUUUACUUUUCUAAACCAAAAUCGCAUUUUCUAAAUCAGAUUAAAAGGAGUCGCAUAAAGUUGUAUAUGAAGGGGGCGAGUUCCUCCACGCGCGCGCACACAAAAACUCUCCCCUUCUCUCGCGGCCGUACACACACAGUCCACAAAUAUUGCAUUACACCUCUGAAAAUCAUUUUCCCCAACUUUUAAUUUUUUUCAUCAAUUUUUCGUCUUCGUUUUUCUACCCUUUUUGUUUUAUUCCCAAAUCAGAAGAUCUCCGAAUUCUCGAUAGGGUUUUCGGGAGGGCUUAGAAAUCAAUUCGAUAUGGCUAUGCUGGAGGAUAUAGGAAUUGAUAUCAGUUCGGAUAUCGAAGUUGACGAAAUAAGAGGUGAUGACAACAUAGAGGAUAAAGAUGUAAGCGACGAGGAGAUCGAUGCGGAAGAAUUGGAGAAGCGAAUGUGGAAAGAUCGCGUAAAGCUCAAGAGAAUCAAAGAAAGGCAAAAGCUCGCUAUACAGCAAGCUGCAGAGAAGCAAAAGGCCAAGUCCACAACCGACCAAGCCCGCCGCAAGAAAAUGGCACGAGCCCAAGAUGGUAUCUUGAAGUACAUGUUGAAGCUCAUGGAAGUUUGCAAGGCCCGUGGAUUUGUGUACGGCAUUAUCCCCGAGAAGGGUAAGCCCGUUAGCGGUGCAUCGGAUAAUAUAAGAGCUUGGUGGAAAGAGAAAGUGAAGUUUGACAAAAAUGGCCCUGCGGCUAUUGCAAAAUACGAGGCCGAAUGCAUUUCUUUAGCAGAGGGAGAUGGCAAUCACAAUGGCAAUUCACAGAAUGUUCUUCAAGACUUACAAGAUGCUACAUUAGGGUCCCUUUUAUCUUCUUUGAUGCAACACUGUGAUCCGCCUCAGCGGAAGUUUCCACUGGAUAAGGGGGUCCCGCCACCUUGGUGGCCAACUGGAAACGAAGACUGGUGGUUGAGGCUAGGGUUGCCACAGGGUAUGAUUCCUCCGUAUAAGAAGCCUCAUGAUUUGAAGAAGAUGUGGAAAGUUGGGGUUUUAUCUGCUGUUAUAAAGCAUAUGUCGCCCGAUAUUGCAAAGAUCAGAAAACUAAUCAGGCAAUCUAAGUGCUUACAGGAUAAGAUGACUGCUAAAGAAAGUUUAAUAUGGUUGGGUGUUUUGAGCAGGGAGGAAGCCCUAAUUCGUCAACCGAGCAGCGACAAUGGUUCAUCCGGCGUUAGUGAGGCACCGUCAAAGGGUCGUGGAAAUAGUAAGAAGAGACCUUCUGUUGAGAGCGAUAGUGAUUAUGAUGUAGAUGGGGUUAAUAAUGGGCUGGGUUCUGUUUCGUCGAAAGAUGAUCGGAGAAAUCAAUCUGCAGAUGUUGUUGUUGUACCUUUGGAGCCUCAGGAUCGUGUUGCACCAAAAGGGGUCAAAGAGAAAAAAAAAGCAGGUGACCGGCCGAGGAAAAGAAGACAUCAGAAAUCGAGCACGCAAGUUCCAUCUCUCAACAAAGAUCCACUUGAUGAAACUGAAGACAUGGUGGUAAUGGAUGUAAAUCAUGACAGUAUACAGUUUGCUGAGUUCUUGAUUAAUGAGAGCAUACCGGAGAUGGAAGCAGUAACAGCUAUGAGACCUCACGAGAGUAAUGCUCAGUUACAACCCGGCUUGGUGGAACCUAAUCCGAACAUUUUCUGCUCGAUUCCUUCAGAUGCUGUCCCCAUUGGGAAUAUUCCCCUGGAUAACGAGCGCUUGCCUUCCGCUGUGGCUCAAAGCGCCGACCUAUUGACCUUUGGUUCCCAUGUGAUUCACGCGCCGCAAGAUUCUGCAUUGCAUCUUGGACCCCAAAAUACCGUAUGGCAACCUGGAAUUCAAGAUUCAACUCUUCCACACGGAUCUCAGAAUCCCGGGUAUAAUCAUGGAUUGGCUUAUCCAUAUUAUAAUCCAACAACAACAGCUGUUGUUGUUGGUUCGAGUCAUCAAGGACAGCAAUCCGAGGCGGGAUUAAAUGAGAUGCGGUAUAGACAAGAGGAAUCGGGAUUCCAUUUGCCGGUGUUGCCUGCAGCAGAAACCAAUAUCCCGCAAGGAGGUUUCCCACAGUUUGUGAAAGAGUUUCCAUCUCCUCUAAAUAGUUUGUCGCCUGAUUUACCAGGAUACAGUCCGUUUAAUCUUCAGUUCGAUGGCACGAGUGCGUUGGAUACUGAUGACUUUGACUUUGAUGACAAUGCGGUUGAUGAAGCUAACUUUGAUGAACUGAUGAAGUACUUCGCCUCAUAAGCUGUUAUUGGUUGCUGGUCCGUGGUAUUUAUGGGUCCUACGUUUUGUGAGUGAAAUUAUUGUUUUGCCCUUUGAACCGCAUCAUCUCCUCAAAAUUCUAUGAUGCAAAGCGAAGAACCUUAACGAGGUUUUGACAUGCUGUGAAGCGUCUUGAAAGAGAGGGGUUAGACGCAUAUACUUCAGAUAAGAAGAAUUGGUUUCGGGUUCAUUUCGUUUUCACGACUAGUGAAUUGGUAAGACUCAUUUUGUUCAAUAAUUUAUUUUGCAAAAAGUUUUAUAGGGGCAAGAAAAAAAGUUUUUCGAGAAGGCAGACGAGCGUUCGGCUCUCAGCUGGAAGGCUUUCACCAGUUAGCUCAACAUCUUUCUAAUGCUAGUUAAACUUUAAUUUGUUAUUAUUCAGAUGCAAAGCUUAAUCAGCAUUGUUAUCAUUCUUUGCACAAUGGUUUGGCCCUAACUUUGUACUGUUGUAGAUCCAUGACUGUUACAUGUAAAUGAGUUUUACUUUGCUGGGAUGCUCUUUUUUAUUCGACGAAUUGUACUUAUGAAUGUACG